AUGGCUGUCAGGGCUCCUCUCCCAUCAUUUGGCCUCGUUCUCUCAAAGCUCUCUGAAGAGUCUAGCUACCUGGCUCCCCAGAACGUUAUGACGAGAGCACCUGUGGACUUUAUGAAAACCAUUGAUUGUCGAAUGCCCAACUACGACGAUUAUUGGCUCUGGGAAGGGGAGUCAUUCAGCGACGAUGAGUAUGAGGACGAAGACGAGACCGACACCAUUUUCGAUUGUGUGCCAACAACGAGUCAGCCAUACGUUCCAUCACUUGUCACCUCAAAAGACCCGUGUAGCUAUCGCUCAACGUCUCCGAAACUCUCUGUCGCUUGGACCACGCUGCUACACUGCUUGAAGCGAAGAACACUGAACCGUGUUCCUACACUGAAUCAUUGA